AUGGUGACGCAGAUUUACCGUCUUCUUCUUGCCUUGCUCAAGAACGUGCUGUGGGGUGAUAUCUGUAAAUCGACAAAUCAUCGGGCAAGUACGACAAUGUUCAUCGCAUGCACUGAGGACCCACCAUUGGCAACUGCAUUUCUGAAGCAAAAAAUUAUGGACUCACAAUCAUCCGAUUCUGAACCUUCGUCGAUUCCUAAGGAAAUGCACCCAAAUUUGAACGAGAAAGUAUUGAAUACUAUACUAUCUAGACGGGAGAUGCCUCCUCCAAUUUCAAAGGCCCCCUCACAGGAACAGCAGUUGAAAAACAUCGCCAACUUCUUCGACUCUGCUCAAAGGAAUCAAAUUGUUCUAAGAGCCGCUCUGGAUAUGAGUCAAGACAGGCUCAGCGUUUUGAUGAAUUUUGCGACUCAGCUGACAGAGAGGCAAAACAUCCUAAAUCAGCGGCUAUUACAGGUUUCUUCACGUUUGAAGGAUAAUCAGAAACUGACUGCGGAGGAAGCCAAACUGUUUGCGAAAUUGAAGGAAUGUCGUGCGAAGAUGCUGACAAAUUCAAUGAAAGUUUCCAAGCUUUCGUUAGAAGCAGCUCAGCUCCAACGAGAAGCUCGUGGUCCAGCACGGCCCUUCACUGCUUCAGCAGGAGCUAAUUUAUUCGUGUUACAGCAUAGCCAAGAAGAACUAGCAACGCUGAAGCGUCGAUUGGAGAGUUUGUUAGAAAAGCUAGAAGAGUUCCGUUCUCAUAGCGCUGCAGAAAACAAGGAAAAUAUUAUAAACAUUUCAUAA